AUGCGCUGCCGGCGCCCGCGCGCGCCCCCGCCCCGCGACCCCCGCCCCGCGGCCCGCCGCCGCCCCCGCCCCACCGCCCCGCGCCCCGCCCCCACCGCCGUCGUCGUGUCGACCACCGCGCGCCCCUGGGCGCGGCGGGCGCGGCCUCUUCGCGACGGCCUGGGCGGCGGCAUCGGGACGGCGGGCGGGCGGCUUCGCGCGCGCGCGGGCAGCGGGCCUGGAGGCCGGCGCUCGGAGCGGCCGGAGGAGGCUGCAUGCCCUAGGAGGCGGCUUCGGGGGCCGGGCGGCCAGCGCGGCGGCGCUUGCGCGGCGGGAUCGCGCGGGGGCGGCGCGGGCGCGGGGGCGUCCGGCCUGGGGGCACUCGUGGCCGCCGACCGCCCGGCGCCCAUCACCGUCACCGGCACCCUGCGCAGCGGCACGGGCUCCGCGGAGGCCCGGAACAACCAGGGCGGCCACUGGGUCAUCCUGCGCCAGUCCAACAACGUCGAGCAGAACGGAUACCUCUGGGACGUGGAGACGGAGAACGGCAUCGGGGCGCGCGAGCAGGGCGCGCUGCAGAACCCGGGCACGGACGCCGAGGCCAUGCUGGCGCAGGGCUACUACGAGUGGACGGGCCCCGACGGCAUCCUCUACCGCGUCGACUACACGGCGGACGCGGGCGGCUUCCGCGCGGAGGGCGCGCACCUGCCCACGCCGCCGCCCAUCCCAGAGGCCAUCCUGCGCGCGCUCGACUACAUCGCCGCGCACCCCGAGGAGAACGAGGGCGAGCGCGGGCGGGCCGGCCCCGGCGGCCGCUUCCGCCGGAAGUAGCCCCCCCCCCUCAUCGCACGACCACCGCCAGCUAGCACCUAGGCUCCCCUUCCGUCUCUUCGUCUUUACCCAUGAUUACGUGUGUGUGUAUGUAAAAUAAUAAAAGUACAGAGUGGC